CACUAAACAGUAUGAAGUAAUAGUACACCGCCCAUAAGAGGGCAUACUAUGUAGUAGGGUAGUACGCGGUUUGGGACGUAGCCUGAAUGUUCCAUAUGAGGCCUGUGUGAACAAGUCAUGGAAAAUGGCGACUGCAGAGCCGGAAGUAAUAUUGAAUCCAUUGAAGAGUGAAGAGGAGAACUCAGAAGAGACGAGCCAGGAGAUUGUCAGCCCUGAGUGUUAUAUCAAACAUCCGCUACAAAACAGAUGGUCUUUAUGGUUCUUUAAAAACGACAAGAGCAAAACAUGGCAAGCCAACUUGCGACUGAUUUCCAAGUUUGACACAGUAGAAGAUUUUUGGGCGCUUUAUAACCACAUUCAGCUGUCCAGUAAUUUGAUGUCUGGUUGUGACUAUUCGCUGUUCAAGGAUGGCAUUGAGCCCAUGUGGGAGGAUGAGAGAAAUAAGAAAGGAGGACGCUGGCUCAUCACCCUCAACAAACAACAGAGGAAGCUCGACUUGGACCGUUUUUGGCUGGAAACGAUGCUUUGCCUUAUAGGAGAAGCUUUUGAUGACUACAGUGAUGAUGUUUGCGGUGCUGUAGUCAACAUCCGAACAAAAGGAGAUAAAAUUGCUGUCUGGACAACCGAUUAUGAGAACAAAGAUGCAAUAACACACAUAGGGAGGGUGUAUAAGGAGCGGUUAGGAAUCCCUAUGAAGAUGACCAUUGGCUAUCAGUCUCAUGCUGACACAGCCACUAAGAGUGGCUCAACUACCAAGAACAAGUUUGUGGUCUGAAAUUCUGAGCCUGACCUCUCUUCCGCUCAUCCCAUCUCCCCCACCUCUCGCUUUGUCUGGCCCUCCUCUCUUUCUCAUGCACUUUGCCCUUCUGCCCUGAACCAAAGCCUCAAAUUAACAGGUUCUCACUGAAAAUACCACCAACCCUCAAACAGCACUGCUGCUGAACCCCAACAGGAAUUUCCUACUCCCACACACACACCUUUUAAAGAAAGCAGCUCACAAAGUACCGACCAGCUUAGCAUGUAAUACACUAACAAGUGUUAACUCAAACAAAUCAAAUCCAUUGAAGCUAAAACAGCGAAGCAUUAUGAUGUAGACUCAAAUCUUCAGACAUGUUGACCGUCUUCUUCGAAAAUGAUUUGAACAAACUUGCAUAUUCAUUGUUAAACAGGAUUGAGAGAUUGUAAAAUAUUUGAUGUGUUCCUUUUAAAACAAAAUGUGUUGAAUUAUUUAAUGGCUGAGGAAAGGAAAUGUCUGUGUGCCCUUAUCCAGCAGCCUUGCUGCGCUGUGAUAGUGCCUAUUGAACACAUUUUUAAUUUAUUCUGAUUUUAUCUUAACAUUUUAUGAAGGUGGUAUACAAUGACACCCCCCUCCAUGUAAUCAAGCAAAUCUUCAAACGGCUGCCUUAUUUCUUUCAGCAUUAACAUGAUUAAAUUUGGGGUUUUGCAAUUCAGUAUGUGUUUUUAUUUUAUAUAUAUUUUAUAAAUUUUACAUUCCUUGUUCGUAUGGUAGCGUAAUAGGACUUUAAUUCUGCUGUAAUAGAUGAUUUGUUAUUGUCUGACUGUAAUUGGUUUUAACUUGGUACAACAUAGGCCAAACAUUAUCACUAGGUCUUUAAAUAAAGUAGAUAUAUGUGGAUUGAAUUUAUUUCUGUAAAAAUGCCAGUUGGCUUAACUUUUAAACACGGAGGGUUAUGGUUGAUGACAGUGUAUCAUGGGAUGAGCUCUGAAUGUAAAACUAGCAAUAAAAACCACACAUAGGUAUGGGUUCUAGUA